GUGUCUAUGAGAGAGCUCUCAAGGAGCAAGGAAGUGCUGAUGUAGCGUAUGCUCGUCUUAUGUUACUGGGAUCAGCUGGUACUGGCAAGACGUCUCUCAAGCGUUCGUUAAUGGAAGAACCUUUCAAUCCUCAUACUACAAGCACCAUUGUAUCUGAUGUAUCAACUGUACGACCAUUUGGACACAAGUGGCAAACAAGGAGAGGAAGCAGAUGGAGAGAAACUACAGAAGAAGAUGAAAUUGAAGAACUUGCACAUUUGCUUGAAUCCAGUCUUUCUAGACCCUCCUCACACCAUGCAUCUAAAUCAGUUUUAUAUCAUUCCCUUGAUUUAGUUGACACUAGAUCUAUUGCGAAAUUUUCAGAUUUAGAUACGGAAAUGUGUAUUAAAGAAUUUCUUAGAAAAGCUGGUGCACAUAAGACAACAGAAUCACUUGUUCAACCAUUCCUUCAUAUAUGGGAUUGCGGUGGUCAGCCAGUGUUCCUUGAGAUUCUCCCAGCCUUCCUCACUCCUCGUACAAUGUUUCUCCUCCUGUUUGAUGCCUCAAAGGAUUUCAGGGAAAGAUGGCAGUCACAUCAGAAUACUUCUGCUGGUAAAGUGCUGUUUGGUGAGGUAGUGAAUGAAAGCACGAGUGAUCUAAUGGCUAAAUGGAUGUCUACAAUACACAGUCACCUCAUGAAGCACAACAAAGAUGAUACUUCUCCUAGUCUCUAUUGUAUUGGCACUCGUGGUGACAAGCUAAAUGAAGAAAGAAAGGAAGAAAUAAGAGAGCAAAUCCAGUCCUUGUAUGAGGAAAAGGAGUUUUCAGAUCUUAUUGAAGAUGUGCUAAUCAUUGAUAAUACAACCUCAGGCAAGGGGGAAAAAGAAGAUCCAAGUAUCAAAGAAUUACGUGGAGCAAUUGAUCUUUUUAUACAUAAGUUAGUUUUUCCAACCCCUGUCAAUUGGGUUCUGUUUCGCAAAGUUCUUCAAGAGCUUAAGCAGAAUGUCAUUAAUGUAUCUAAAGCCAUUGCCAUUGGAGUGGCAUGCCAUAUACCAGCAGCAAAUGUUCCUGAAGUAUUGAAAUUCUACCAUGAACUGGGAGUUUUGCUUUACUAUCCUCAAAUAGAAGGUCUGAAAAAUAAAGUCAUUCUCAGACCAAAAUGGUUUGUUAAUACCAUUGGGAAAGUGUUCCCACUAGAUAAAGGAUGGAGCGGAGGAAAAAGAUGGUUUUUGUUACGAAAUAAUGGUAUUCUUGUUCAACCACUGUAUCAUAAAGUAUGGCAGUCAAGUGGUAUUGGUUCAGAAGAAAUAAUUGAACUUUUAGUUCAUUUUCGUCUUGCAGCUCAAGUUCAAACUGAGCUUUAUGAUAGCAGGUUCAAGCAGUAUUUUCUUCCAGCAGUGCUACCAGGAUACACAGGUGAUCCUAAUGAA